GCGGCGCACUACAGUACUCGCCCGGCUCGUAACCAACACAACUUUUUCGUUCGACCCCAAUGCACGCGAUGUAAUUCUUGUUUGUGUCUCCACUGCCUGUGAAACUGUGUGUAUGAAAGUAGAACUUCUCCAGCAUUAAGUUUUACGACAUCAUUUCGAGUCAUUCUUCUCAUCAAAAUGAGUCAGGCAGCAGUUGGUGUUCCGUACGACACAUUUAAUAACCCACUUUUGAUGAAGUCAGAACUUGGAAAGCCAGCAAAACGUGGCUUUACCCUCCCCGACUACAACUUCACCUACGGGCGUCCAAACCUUGCUAAGGAUGGAGGGGCUGCGGAGGCCAUGUCCAGCUGGACGCCAACUGCUACGCUUCCCACGCUGCGCAAGGAGAAGCGACCAGACAGGGACUUUGUUGCAUUAAACAAGGCUUGCAUUGGAUCAGGGCUAGUGACAGCCAAAGAGCAGUUUGAAUAUAGAGCAACACAUGAUGUCAGGAGACGUGUGGCAGAGGAAGAGAAAAACAAGACUAAAAUCAAGAGAAUACCUGCCUCUAUGACCUUUGGCAUCUCUACCAGGCCAUCAACACCAGUAUUUGAUCUUCUAGAGCACAGAUAUCAGGAUCGCUGGUUGAAUGAGAGGAGAAAGAAUGAACUUGCCAAGAGAGACCGCCUGGUACAGAAGCAAAACCUUAACAAGGGGAUCUAUGAGACACGGGCUUCCCUCCUCCGCAAGUUCUGCCCCCCUGUGGAAUCCCCACCCCUCUGGCAGAUGCCCAAGUUCCAGAAGCAGCAGCCCCACCUGGAGACCUUCCGCUCACCUCAGGCACGGCAGAAGGCCUUUGAGAGUCACGCUACUGACUGCACGGCCAGGACAGGGGUGUUUGGCCAUGGAAUCUAUGAGGGUGCCAAGAGUUAACAGGCCCAGAGGAACUUCAACUACCGGACUCUUACAAUAUUAAGUGUCUUGAUCAAAUAGCAGUGUUCUAACCAUGAUGAGUCCAAACUGGAUCUUUAAUGUGGUCUGACAGUCCUUCAGACAUGCAAACAAAGAAGUGUAGCUAUUUUUCACUAAAAACAGAUAUAGUAUUGAAUGGAAGCUCCCAGAAGGGGUUUUGCAAACAAGGGAAUGUAUUGCAUAGAUGUUUCCUGCAGGCUACAAGUUGCUGUUGACUGUGCUCAAGGAUAUAAAGUCUAUUCAACAGACGUUGGCAUUCAGCAUCAUGGAAAUGACUGUGGGGAAUAUGCAGACCAGAAAAAGGAAGUACUCAUUUAUUGUCACGUGGGAAAACAGUACUUUGGAUCAGUAAGUUUUGGAACACAGGAAUUCUUUGGAAAAUAAUUUUAACAACAAUGCAUUUUCAUUUGUACAAUGUGCGACUUUCUGAUCGGAUACAUGAACAUCAAAGUCAGUGUCAGUCAUUUGUGGCUUUAUUUCUUUAAGAGUUCAUUAGAGACCUUAGGCACACUAGUGUAUUUUUUUUUGGAAAGGUCUGGAAGUGGAUUUUUAUAGAGACCUCUGUUUCAGCCCAGUGUUGAUCAUUUCAAAAUUGCCCAUUGUUACUUUUCCUCUGGAAUGUUAAAAGCAUUAUUUCAAAUUGUUCAAAUUAACCAUGGAUUUGUAUUACUGGGUGUGACUCCCAUAGUGAUGCCCAUUAACCACUAUUUCUCAUUGCUCCACGGUACACAUUGCUUAAUAGUUUUUGCCUCAUGACGUGGCAUGGGCCAAAAGUAUGAAGAUUGUUCUCUUUAUUUUCCACUUGCAAGGAAAUUUCAGAAGUAUGCAUCCUUUUUUUCUUUUCUGCAGGCAUUUAUCAGUCUGGAAAGGAGAUUAACAAAAGUAUUUCUUUUUUAUUGUAUAGACCACAAAGCCUGGUUAGAACACUGUUAGAUGUCAUUUAGCAGAGUCAUUUGACACACUGUGCGGUGUUUUCCAGGUGUUUCCCCAAGGUUUAACCCAUGUAUUAUUAAACUGUACUCCUUUUUUUAAAUCACUGUAAAUAAUAUUAUCAUAAGGCUAAGAGAUAAUGCACAAGAACUGUUCCUUGCUGUGCCAUAUUGCAUACAUGUGGUUUGCAUAGCAUAGUGAGAAAUCCUAGUGAGACAAGUAGGGCCUCCAUUAUGUACCAGAAAAAAGUGAUGACAGCAUUGGUGUAAACUAAGCAUUGUGCAAGUUGCUGUCUGUAAAUGUGUAACUAAACCUUCUCUUUAUGUGUCACAUACUAUCCAUUUUUUAUAUUCAAAUUUCUUCCCGGUUAGAAUGCUGCACUUUGUAAGUUUCAGCAAUGACAUUUGGGACAUCGAAUUUCAAGACUUUAGACUAAUCAUGUGUGAAAAAUAAAAGUGCACAUUUGCAAAAAUCA